AUGUUUCGUUCGCCUUUUCGUUGGAUAUUAAUCGAUAGAUUUCAAAAUGCAUCCGAAAAUCUAAGUAUUUUACAAGAAAGUAUUACACAAAUAGACAUUCUAAUUGACACUGAAGUUUUUGUUAUUCGGGAAAUUGAAAAUCAUUAUUAUAUAAUAUAUCGCAUUUAUAAAAUUGGCCCGGAGUCUGGUUAUAUAACUGAAUUAUAUAACCACUGGAACAGCAGCAAUGGAUUCCAAAAGUCCGUUAAUCAGGCUGAAGUUACGGCAUUGAGAAGAAUGAAUUUAGAUGGCUACGAAUUAAAAAUUUGCUACGUGCUGACAGACAAUGACAGCUUUAAUCAUUUAACUGAUGAAGUGAACGACCAUAUUGACACUAUAACAAAAGUAAAUUUUCCGACGACAAACCAACUAAUGGAUUUCCUCAACGCAAGCAGAAAAUACUUCUUUACUGACACGUGGGGCUACAGUCAAAACAACACAUGGAAUGGUAUGACGGGGUAUUUGGAGAGAGAGGAGGUUGAUAUAGGAGGAUCACCAAUGUUUCUUACUUCGGAACGUUUAUCGAUAGUCGAGUACAUCUCUAGCCCAACGCCAACUCGCUCCAAAUUCGUUUUCCAGCAACCGAAACUUUCAUACGAAAAUAAUUUGUUCCUUUUAUCGUUCAAUUAUUCGUUAUGGUAUGGUUCUAUUGCCUUAAUUUGUAUACUGUAUUUGGUAAUUUGCUUAGUUACUGUAUGGGAAUGGAAACAGAAAAAGUCAACUAAAAAGGUAAAGUUUCUACAAAGUGGAGUUUUGAGGCCGAAUGUAAUCGAUGUGGCUCUCUUCACAUUUGGAGCUGCGUGUCAACAAGGAAGCACAGUUGAAUUAAAAGGAGCUCUCGGUCGUAUGGUGUUGCUAUUACUCUUCGUGGCGCUAACAUUUCUAUACACAUCAUAUUCUGCAAAUAUCGUCGCCUUACUACAGUCCAGCUCUUCACAAAUUAGGACUUUAGAAGAUUUGUUGCAUUCGAGGAUUAAGUUUGGCGUUCAUGACACAGUUUUCAAUAGACAUUACUUUAAGACGGAGACCGAACCUGUACGUAGAGCUAUUUAUAAAACUAAAGUCGCUCCACCUGGAACGGAGCCCCGAUUCAUAAGUAUGGAAAAAGGAGUAAAAGAAAUGAAAAAAGGACUGUUCGCUUUUCAUAUGGAAACAGGCGUGGGUUACAAAUUUGUUGGAAAGUAUUUCGAAGAAGGAGAAAAAUGUGGUCUCAAAGAAAUUCAAUAUUUACGAGUAAUCGACCCGUGGCUUGCAGUUAGAAAAAACACACAGUUCAUGGAAAUGUUCAAAAUUGGAACAAAACGUCUUCAAGAACAUGGCCUGCAGCAGAGAGAAAAUCAUCUAUUAUACGAAAAGCGCCCUAAAUGCGUUGGAAGACAGGCUAAUUUCGUGUCCGUUAGUAUGGUGGACUGUUAUCCGGCAUUAUUGUUACUAACGUAUGGAGCUCUCCUUGCUGUUGUUGUAACUAUAAUAGAAAUUAUACAUCACAAUAGGCACCGAAUAAUUAGCACGAUAAAUGACAAAGUGCUAAAAACUAACAUAAGGGCUGAUACAAUUCAAAAUAUAAUAAUAGUUACCGAUUUAAAUUGCCCUAAUAGCAGUCACUUUAUGGAACAAGCAAAUGGUACAGAAAGAUUUCGAAGUCCAUACAGAUGGUUAAUCAUCGGUGAAUAUGAUAAAAAUAAAGAAGAUACAUUGAAUGAUCUAAAACAUUUUCAUAUAUUAAUCGAUUCACAUGUAAUUCUUUCUGAGAGAAAUGGCGAUAUUAUCACAUUAUAUUUACCUUACAAACAACUAUCUAACAGCAGCGAAUGGAAACUAGAAAGCUUCGGUACUUGGUCAGCUAGACAGGGUUUGAAUAAAACAAAUGAUAUGUCUGUUGAAAUAACGAUGCGACGGAAAAAUUUAGGGGGCUUACCUAUUGCCGCGUCUUUAGUCAUUACCAGUAAUGAAACGAAGGAGCAAUUAUUUAACCUGAGGGAUCUACACAUAGACUUCAUAACCAAAGCCAGUUUUCGACAAUUGGAUCCUUUGUACUAUUUCCUGAAUGCAUCACAAGUCCUUAUUUUCACGGACAAUUGGGGCUAUAUUAUUAACGGAUCGUAUAAUGGUAUGAUUGGAGACAUCGUACGCGAGGUUGCUGAGCUUACAGGUACAGUUGUUUUCAUCACGAAACAACGGCUGAAAGUUUUGGAUUACUUGUCAUAUCCAACGAGUACGACGGUUAAGUUCGUGUUUCGUCAACCAAGUCUAUCCUAUGAGAACAACCUUUUCAUCUUACCGUUUAAGCCUCGAGUUUGGUUUUGUAUUUUCGGGCUUAUCAUAUUAAUGCUACUUAUAGUAUUCAUCAACGCACGAUGGGAAAGUAUUAAAUAUGAACCUGACACGGUAAAUAAAACAUUUUUAAAACCGAAUUUAAGUGAAAUCGCGCUUAUGGUUAUUGGCGCUAUUACCCAACAAGGAAGUUAUACCGAACUUAAAGGUACUCUAGGAAGAGUAGUGAUGUUUCUAAUGUUCUUAGCUUUUCUUUUCUUAUAUACGUCGUAUUCAGCUAAUAUUGUAGCACUCCUGCAGUCCAGCUCUAAUCAGAUAAACACAUUGGCUGAUUUAUUGAACUCUAAACUGGAAUUGGGAGUUGAAGAAACUCCGUAUAAUAGACACCACUUUUUAGCGGCAACUGAUCCAAUUAAGAAAGCCAUUUACGAAAAGAAAAUCGCACCUCGCGGAUACAAGCCAAAUUUUAUGAGUUUGGAAGAAGGAGUGAGAAGAUUGCAAAAGAAACCGUUUGCGUUUAAUAUGUUCCUUGGCGGUGGAUACAAAUUGGUUGAGAAAUAUUUCCUAGAACACGAGAAAUGUGAUCUACAAGAAAUAGAGUAUAUCGAAGAAAACAAGCCGUGGCUAGCUUGUCGCAAAAAAUCUCCAUUGAAAGAAAUGUACAAAAUUGGAUUAUUUCGAAACCAGGAGCACGGAUUAAAUUCCCGAGUAAAUUUUUUAAUCUACGCAAAAAAACCGGCUUGCAUUGUCCAUGGCGGUACAUUUGAUUCUGUUAAUAUGACAGAUUUUUAUCCAGCUCUAUUAAUGCUUGCUUAUGGAAUGAUACUGGCUCUUAUGCUUUUGCUUCUUGAAAUAUUUCACUGGAGACAAUUUCGUAUGAUAAAUACUUAGGAAUCAUAAAUUUUAACUCACUGUAGAGUUGUACAGUGUG